UUGCACAAUGACAGUAGUAACAAACUAACAAACAAGAAAGAAAGUGGCAUGGUUGUGUAGCGCCAUUCUGACAAUUUCCCAUCCCCCAUCCUAAUUGCCUCCCGAAUUUAUUAAUAGAAUAUUGCAUUGCACACAUCUCCCUGGAUUCUCGAAUAUACCCAUGGCCUUGUUCUGUUUCUCCUCAUAUUCACAACUAACAAACUCAGAUCUACAUUUCUCUCACGUUCCAUAUCCAUGGCUUCACAUCCACGCCUCCCCUUCCCCAAUCACCUCCCUCUCCCUCUCCCUCGAUCCUCAUCCUCCCUGGUCCUUUCUCCACCUUCAUCCUUCGAUUAUCCCGCUCUCAAGCUACGUCCAUUGGCUAUCCAACAGCAUAGCUCCUCUUCUCGACGUCAUUUUAUUCAUACCAGUACCAGAGCCGUUGAUGAUGAUUCUUUUGACAUGCCGUCUCCGGAGGAAUGGACCUAUCUUGAUGAUUAUGAGAAUUUCCCUCCUCCUGCUGCUGCCGAAUCAUACGUCAUGUCCUCCAGUGAUGGCGAAGACAGCGAUCGUGACGCGUUUCUCACUCCGGUCAAUGAUCUUGAAUUACCUGCUGUUUCUUCCUCCUCGGCUUCCUCCAAUCAUAAAGACUCUAUAACCGUCGCUGCUCAUCGUUUUGCAACUCUUAGCAGUGAACGCAAGAAGCAUAGGAUCAAACGUGGCAUGAUCAUCACUGUGGGUCUUAUAAUAGUCUUGUUGGUGCUGCUCUUGUAUGUAGAUUGGUGUGCGUGGAGAAUUGUUAGAUUGCCCUUGUCUCCUUUUUAUUUGACCCGACCUUUCCUCCUAUCAGCCAUUUUGGUCUCUUUUGCUGGCUAUGUUUGUGUCCCUAUUUUUCGUGGUUUUAGAGCUAUCAAUGUUAUCAAGCGCCAAGGUCCCAUUAGACAUCGCUUGAGAAAAAGGACACCUACAUUGGGUGGUUUGUUUUUUGUACCUAUUGGUAUAAUUGUAGCUCUACUCCUUGUCGGUUCCUCAUCUGCUGAAGUGUCUGGGGCAGCUGGUAUGACAGUUGCAUUUGCAGCGGUUGGUCUGCUUAAUGAUAUAUUAAGCCUCACCAAGAAUCACAGGAGAGGUUUGCCUGCACUGGCAGAACUUAUUUUGGAGAUAGCUGUUGGAACGUGGUUUUCAUUUUGGCUGGACAUCACUAGUAUAUCUUCCCCUUAUGGCAUGAAGAUGUUGGUACCACUUCCACCAGGCCUCAUGUACUUGGGACGAUAUUACCAUCUCUUGACUUCAUUUUCUUUUGUUUCUGUCGGACAUGGCAUUAAGUUGGCAGAUGCUCUUGAUGGACUAGCUGGUGGUACUGCUGCAUUGGCUUUUACUGGAAUGUCAAUAGCCGUGCUUCCAAUAUGUUCUGACCUCGCUAUAUUUGGAGCUUCAAUGGCUGGGUCUUGCGUCGGAUUUCUCCUGCACAACAGAUACAAAGCAUCUGUUUUUAUGGGUAAUACAGGAUCUUUGGCACUUGGUGGCGCAUUGGCUGCAAUGGCUGCAUGUAGCGGAAUGUUCUUCCCACUUUUCAUUUCAUCUGGAAUUCUCGUUCUUGAGGCAUCAUCAGUUAUCAUUCAGAUAUUGCACUUGAAUGUAACUAAGGGGUUACAGGAAGCAGGGUGGCGCUUUCUUAGAAUGCCGCCCUUUCAUUAUCACCUUCAGUUACGUGGUUUCAGAGAACCAAACAUCGUAUUAGGUGCAUAUCUGAUAUCAUCUGUGUUGGCUUUGCUUGGUGGCUAUGUCGGUUUAAUUUCAGCAUAAACAUCAUCAGUUACCUUUAUCAGAUGAUACAUGUCUCUGUUUCUUGCAAGCUUAGCUUUGAUUUCCACAUUAGUGGUUCAACCAUUGAAUUCAACCUAUCUUCAAUAUCUCCCCAUUGGAGCAUGAUUAAUAUUUUGGUUAAAUUGACAAACA